GAGGCGUCUUCUCCCGAACCAUACACUUAUUUUAAUUAUUGCUGAAAACUGAAGACUAUUAACACAGUAAAUAGCUCUGAGUGGCCUGAAACCAAAGUUUAAUUUUGUGGACAAACAGAAUUUAUGUGGCGGGGGGCGGGGGAGGGGUGAAUGUAGUCCCGGCGGGGCGGGGUCAUGACCCCUGACGUCGGCGGCUCCGCGCGCAUUUCGAUUUGGCAGUUCCGGUCCUGCUCUCAUUUUGGGGCAGGAUGUGGGAGCGGCUGAACGGCGCGGCUGAGGAGUUUUAUUCUCUCCUCCUUCAGGAAUAUAAUGAAGAAAAGAAAGGAAUCCGGAGAGACCCGUUUCUCUAUGAGGCUGAUGUCCAAGUGCAGUUGAUCAGCAAAGGCCAACCAAACCCUUUGAAAAAUAUUCUAAAUGAAAAUGACAUAGUAUUCAUAGUGGAAAAAGCGCCGUCAGAAAAGGAAGAAACAAGUCAUAUUGAAGAACUUCAGUCUGAAGAGACUGCCAUAUCCGAUUUCUCUACUGGCGAAAAUGUUGGACCACUUGCUUUACCAGUUGGGAAGGCAAGACAGUUAAUUGGACUUUACACCAUGGCUCACAAUCCUAAUAUGACCCAUUUGAAGAUUAAUCUGCCAGUUACUGCCCUUCCUCCCCUUUGGGUAAGAUGUGACAGUUCAGAUCCUGAAGGUACUUGUUGGCUGGGAGCUGAGCUUAUCACAACAAACGACAACAUUACAGGAAUUGUCUUAUAUGUGGUCAGUUGUAAAGCUGAUAAAAAUUAUUCUGUAAAUCUUGAAAACCUAAAAAAUUUACACAAGAAAAGGCAUCACUUGUCUACUGUGUCAUCCAAAGGCUUUGCCCAGUACGAGCUCUGUAAGUCCUCUGCCUUGGAUGAUGCAGUCACCGCAUCACAAACUGCGAUCACUUUGGAUAUUUCCUGGAGUCCUGUGGAUGAGAUUCUUCAAAUCCCUCCACUCUCUUCAACUGCAGCUCUGAAUAUUAAAGUGGAAUUGGGAGAGCCCAGAGGUCCUUUGAAAUAUCUCUACAGAGAACUGAAAUUUCUUCUUGUUUUGGCUGAUGGUUUGAGGACUGGUGUAACUGAAUGGCUCGAGCCUCUGGAAGCAAAAUCUGCUGUUGAACUUGUGCAGGAAUUUCUGAAUGACUUAAAUAAACUGGAUGGAUUUGGUGAUGCUACAGAACAAGACACUGAGGCAGUGAAGCAUGACGCCGCUGCAGUUGAUCGUUCAGUCAAGCGUCUUUUCGAAGUGCGGAGUGAUCUUGAUUUUGCUGAGCAACUGUGGUGCAAAAUGAGCAGUAGUGUGAUUUCAUACCAAGACUUGGUGAAGUGUUUCACAUUGAUCAUCCAGAGUCUACAACGUGGUGACAUACAGCCAUGGCUCCAUAGUGGGAGUAACAGUUUACUAAGUAAGCUCAUUCAUCAGUCUUAUCAUGGAACCAUGGACACAGUUUCUCUCAGUGGGACUAUUCCAGUUCAAAUGCUUUUGGAAAUUGGUUUGGACAAACUAAAGAAAGAUUAUAUCAGUUUUUUCAUUGGUCAGGAACUUGCAUCUUUGAAUCAUUUGGAAUACUUCAUUGCUCCAUCAGUAGAUACACAAGAACAGGCUUAUCGUGUCCAAAAACUCCACCAUAUUCUAGAAAUAUUAGUCAGUUGCAUGCCUUUCAUUAAAUCUCAACAUGAACUCCUCUUUUCUUUAACACAGAUCUGCAUAAAAUAUUACAAACAAAAUCCUCUUGAUGAGCAACACAUUUUUCAGCUGCCAGUCAGGCCGACUGCUGUAAAGAACUUAUAUCAAAGUGAGAAGCCACAGAAAUGGAGAGUGGAAAUAUACAGUGGUCAAAAGAAGAUUAAGACAAUUUGGCAGCUGAGUGACAGCUCACCUGUAGACCAUGCCAAUUUUCACAAACCUGAUUUUUCGGAAUUAACACUAAAUGGUAGCCUGGAAGAAAGGAUAUCCUUUACUAACCUGGUUACCUGCAGCCAGGUGCAUUUCAAGUGAAUUGUGCUGAUGGAGCCUUCUGCAAGCACAAGCCAAAAAGACAAAGAGAAGAAAAGGUAAUUAUUGUAGAACCUGAAAACAGAAAUAUAUGUAAACCCUGAAAGGAGAAAAGGGACGAAGAUCCUGAAGAUUCUCUUAUGAAGCUCCGAAAUUGGUAAUCCUGUCUCAGCUCUGCCUCCUCAUAAGGAGCAUUAGCAGAACAGCAGCGAUGAGAAUGCAGAGGGAGCAGACAGUAGGUACCACGACCUCCGUAACCAUUUGCAUGUGACGUAGCAAGGGCUCUGAAAUGACAAAAGAGAACAAGGACCACAAAUGAGAACAGGAUCUUGUUAGUACAGUUUUAUCCCAAAAGCUUUAACUGUAUUGGAAAAACUU